AUAAAUAAAUGGAAAAAGGUUAUGUUAAAAGGCAAAAUUCAAAAGCACCAAUAUCAAGACUUGUAGUUUCUAAAUAGUUAACACUAAUUAUGUCCCUUAUGUCAUGUAAAUGAGUAUGGCAUAUGGACAGGUAUGGGCAGCGGAAAGGGCAAAAAAUACAAUUUUACAAAAUCAACGAUAAACUAAAUUAAGCAAUCUAAAACUAUAGUAUCAGUGACCAAAAGUGCAAAACAAAAUGUCUUCUUUGCAAAAUAAAUGUACAUAAAAUCAACCAAAGAUAUCUAAAAAUACAAAUCAAACAAAAAAAGUAAAACCAACAGACAAAUGUAAAACGAAUAUACAUCAAUAUGAAAUAAGCGGACGCACAAAUAAACGACAGGUGGCGCUUUUGGGGAAGCACUAUGCGUCAUCGAUUAUUGUGUUCUAUGUAAGAAAGCAAGAAAGCCGCGGUUCAGCAUCCAAACAUGGCCGCGGUAAAAGCGGAGGAUGUCAUAUGAGAGGCGUCGAGACUGCUUGGUCAGGCGGCAGAUUUAUUGACUUCUGUUCCUGCUAGUGGGGCUAAUAAGCAUCCUGCCUCAUCAUCAACUCGGUCCAAUAGAAGUGCCGACGCCGUCAGUGAACAUCGACGGCUAUUUGCUCUAGCAAGACAUGUGCAUGUAAGCAUCAUGGUUUUGGAGAUAGUGACUAUAUUGUUAACUUAUUAUAUAAGAAUAUAUAUGACAAUUUAUUUUACCAAAUGUUAAGAUCAUACUAUAUUUCGUUUUAAAUUAUUAGUACUAACGAUACACUCGGUGUACAUGUGUAUAUUGGAUAUUUAUUAUCAGGGCUGUGUUCAAGAUCGUAGCUGCUAGCCUAGCCGCUAGGUUGAAAUCUCUUGGUCUAUUGAACGGACCGAUAGGUUAGCCGCUAGGUCUCAGAUUUGAAGUUGGUAAUAUUUAAAUAAAGACUAAUUUCAUGGACAUAAUUUGUUAAUUUCAAGCGGAAAUAUACAUUUAAAAAAUUAAUUUUCACUGAAAGGAUGAAUAAAAUAUCACUGAAAUAAAUAGAUUUCAUGUUUGUUUGAAAAUGGUAACUAAGGUGGCCAUCAUGAAUUCGAUUAAAAUAUUUAGUCUACGAAUAUCUACCUGGCAGCUAGGCAGCUUACCGUUCAACUACGUAGCCCUACGUAACAGCUACGAUCUUGAACGCAACCCAGUUAUUGAGAGCGACCGUUGUUAUCGGAUAGCCGAUACAUUUAAUAUGAAGGACGUAUUCUUAAAGAAGAUUUUGAGAUAAAAAAAAUUCUAAUUUUAUCUAAUCUAAUUUAUCAAUGAUAAAAUGGUGAAAAGAAAAAAGGGAUAAAAAACCCCGUCCUUAUUUGCUUUUAGAUAUCAUGAAUAUGCAUGAGAACCUCAAAUAUAAUUCAGUAUAUAGCCUUACAUGAUAUUGUAUCAUUUCAGGUCACAACAGUAGGAGUGAUGUUGUAAAUUGAAAACAGAUGAACAGAAAACUUUAAAAAAUUGUAUGUGCUCUCGUAAGCAGGAAUUCUUCCAAGGUGCCAACUUCCCGGGAAAAGACUACACUGCAAGCAAAUGGUCUUGCUGAAAAAACUUUGUUUUUUCCAUCAUUUGGGAGUGCAGCUGAUAUCAAAUCUGUCUUGUUAAGGGAAUUUCCCAGGCUUGAAGAAAGUGGAGGAUUUGAAAUAUUUCGCACCAUGGAAAAUUUAAGGGUUUUUCUGAUGGUUACCUGUGUUGGGGCAUACACAGUGGAUGAAUUAAUGCAAAUGUCAUCUGGUCGUAUUUUUGUUAGACCAAUACAGAGUUUACUACACAUAGACGAAACCAAGAGAACCCUUGUAUCUUCUGAUUUUCAGAAGUGUCAGAUUCAUGGUUCUCUAAUCAAUCUUGCAGAUUUUAGAGAACACAGCAAAGAAUGUCGGAAAAUGAAUGAUGAAUUACCAGAUCCCAUGAGUACAAAUGACGAGGAAGAUAUUUUAGAAGAAUAUGUAGAUUAUUCUCAAUUUUCAAACCGAGCUGAGAGCGACAGUGGCAAUUCAGACAUCACUCCAUUGCCGCAACAAUCAGAGAAGAAUGAAAGCUGGAAGAAGAGAAGUAGAGAAAGGGAAAAUUACCCUUGGAGAUAUUCUAAAAUUUAUCACAGGAAGCGAAUGGGAGCGUGUGUUAGGCUACAGCCCAGAAUCUCGUUUGAGGAAAUGAUAAACGGAAGUUUAUUCCCAAAUCCUCAAUAUGCAUCAAUUGUCUUUAUUUGCACGUACCAGGGAUUUUAGAUCCAUGGCCAGAAAGAUCUAAUUUAUUUGAAUUAUAUGAUUUCGCUUUCUGCAACACUUAAUUUGGACUUAACUAACAGUAUUCAAAGUUAUGAUUAUACAGCUGUACGGGUUCAAAAAUUCUGCAUGAGAUACGCUAAUUGUAGCUGCCAUUUUUAGCCCACCGAGACGAAGUCAAGGGGAGCUUACUUAGUAUGCUAUACCCCCAGCGUCGGCGUCCGACCUGGUUAAAGAUUUUGUUGCAGGUCCUGUAUCUAAGUUAUUAAUUGUCCUAUCUUCACCAAACUUGCGUGGAUGAUGCGUCUUAUGAUACUGAUGCACCUGACAGGAAUGAGGAAUCUGAGCCAUAGGUUUAGGAUGCUGGAUUAAGUUUAGGUUUUUGGAACAGGUCACAUGUUUUAUAGAUAAUAGCUUGCAUAGUUGAUUUAACUAUAUUAUAAAUGAAACGCAGAGGUAGCUUCAUAUGCUGAGCUUGAUCUCUCUUAUCAAGGAUGCUACAAAAAUCUCCUACCUCACUCAAACCUGCUUGAUAGAUAGAUGUGUUUGUUAAAUGAUAUCAUGUUUCCAAUUAAAACGUAUCGUAUGAUACAAUAAUGUAUAUAAUAUAUAUAAGUAUCAUACUAUAUUGUAUAGUAUGAUAUUGGUUUCUAUAAU